GCAAAAAUGCACAUAAAUAAUUAAUGAGGUUCAACCACUAAGCAAGUUCGAGUGAAAGCUACAUUAAUAGAUGUACGAAGAAGAAUUGAUCAAAAUUGUUAUUCAAAAGAAAAGGAGAUUCAUUCGAAGCAAAAUAGGAAAAGUCAUCUUACAUCAAUUACACAUUCACAAUAACAGUGACUUUAUUCAAGUGGAAGGACUGCUUCUAAAUACCAAUUGUAGCUAGUGAUAUGCUCCGAACAACUGCUUCACCUUAUCUUCCUUCCGAAGCCCAGGAAGAUGUCCCUGCGUUAGCGAAGCUGGUUAAUCUCUCCUCGUCAGAAGAAACUAGUCAAUCUAUUAAGACGGAAGCACACGAUGUGCCUAGUUUAGUACAAGUCGAUGCCAACUCUAAUUAUCCUCCGUCCCAACCACCACCACCACCCAGUCAUCAAACUAGCCAUCAAUCAAGUCACCAUUCUCCGCAACCUAGGUCGCAGCAAUCUGGACAAAGUCUUGGUCAAGGACAGCCCGAAGAAGAUGAUGAUCAUGUCAAAAGACCAAUGAAUGCAUUUAUGGUAUGGUCAAGAACAGAAAGGAGAAAACUGGCCCUAAAAUAUCCAAACAUGUUGAAUUGUGAGAUCAGUAAAUUGCUUGGAGCGGAAUGGAGCCGUAUGAAUGAAGAAGAAAAAUCACCAUACAUUCAAGAAAGCAAACGACUUCGUACAAUCCAUAGCCAAAAAUAUCCAGAUUAUUCUUACAAGCCUAGAAGACGAAAGCGCAAAGUUACGCAAAGCCAAACGGUUUAUCCGCCUAUUAAUUUCCCGUCCGGUGCAACAGCUUUGCCACCGUACCAAUUCUCAGGAUCCGGAUAUGGUAAAAUGCCAAGUGAUGCAUUUAAAAUGCCUGGUUUUGCUGACAAUGGUUAUCAAGUUCCUUUACAAGAUCCCAAUAAAGCAUUGAACUAUUUAAACGCAAUGGCUCUUCCAGCUGACAUGAAAUCAUACUACAACAUGACCGCGCCCGGUUCAAAUAUGUUCUCUCCGGCAACAAGCAAUUACUCCUCGCUUUCUUUGGGUGGACCCAGCUCUCAGAACAGUCUGUAUUCAUCACAAAGUAAUUACAUGCCUCCAUUAUUUAAGGAUCAUCAGUUUUAGCGAAUCGGAAUGAUUUUUGGAUCAGUUUUUUCCGUAUUUAGUUUAAGAUGCUUGUUUACCUUUUUUGCUUUUGUAUAUACUAAUUUUUUAUUCACAAUCGAAGCUCAGGUGCUCUUUUUUUACAUUUUUAUGUUUCUUAAAAAUAAAACAAAGGGCAUCUAUUUUAGUGUAUAGAACAUUUGGAAUUGCUGGCAAUUGCUUAACAAAUUACUGGAAUUAUAUUGAUAUUAAAUAAUUCUCUACAGUAAAAUAACAGUGGACUCUCAGUUAUUCAAUCUUCUAUAUAUUUGAAAUUCUUGUGAUUCGAAGCAAAUCAAAUAAUCACUCUAAAUGAUUUAAUAUCUGUUACAACUCAUAUCUCUUGGAAUUUUUGUAAAAACUGACUAUCCACUGAAUGAUAAAUUUUUGAUAAGACUUGACGAACUUAAUGAAAAUAAAAUUUAUUGUUGCUUUUUUGACGUGGGAAAAGGUAUGUUUUAAAAGCUACUUUUUUUGUACCGCAAAUAUUAUAGAUAGCCAAAUAAAAUGCUAUAUUAGAAGCAAGAUUUACUUAGUAGUAAAAACUAUUCACCAAGAACCACUUGUAAAAAAGUCUUUUUGUUACUGAAGCCUAAGUCGCAAUUCGAGGGGUUAUUCAAAGAUGACUGGCGUGAGGGAAACCAAGCCAUUUUAUAAGGCAACUCAGUCAAUGUCACCACGAAGAUCACCUGAUAGCCUACCCCACUGGCAAGGCUAUGUAGGGGACACUUUUUUCGCACAUAGCGAGACCAUAAAAUAAUCAUUUAUAUGAAUUUUUUGCACAUAGUUUUUUUAUCCAUUGCUAAACUCGUUUGUUUGUAUUAUAUUAGAAUGGAAAUUUAUUUAUUUACUUCGUUUAUUAAUAAUGACUUUCACAUAUAUAAAUAAUUAUAAAAUCUUUUUAAAUUUCUGUAUAUAUACAUUUUCACUUUAAAAAAUCGAAAGUUUUUGGAAAUAUAUAAAUGUAUUGAAA